GAUGACGAUUUACGCAAAGCGACCCAGGAAAUACAAAUUGUUUGCUGGUUUUCAUUUUAUAAAACAAGUUUAUCGGUCCGUUUAAGUAGUGACAUUAAUUGAAUGCGACAUAGACUAAAUUUGCAAAAGGUUUUAGUUGUUGUCAUCAUAUACAGGCUAUAUUUGGGAUUGUUGUUUGAGACUGCCGUGCGCAAUCCAUGCGCAAAAAUGCAUAAGGUGUCAGAUAAACUGCACCACUUGUCAGUCAAGAAUGCCAAAAGUCACAAAUAUGACACAUUAAGGGUAUAUUUGGUGACAUGGAAUGUUGGGGCUGCUGGGCCACCUAAAGAUCUCACAGAACUUCUUGAUCUCAAAGAAGAAAAACUCCCAGACAUCUAUGGUAUUGGAUUUCAGGAGUUGGAUCCUACAGAUAAGGAUAUGAAAGACAACCAGUGGACAUGUAGAUUAACAGAUGACCUAGGCAGGCUUGAUUAUGUCAGGAUAAAAGUAGUGCGGAUGCAGGCUAUAUCACUACAAGUGUUUGUAAAACGUUCUCUACUCCUACAUGUUACAAGCAUAGAAUCAGAAUAUUCAAAAGCAGGGAUGGGUGGUUGGUGGGGGAACAAGGGAGGUGUGAGCAUACGGUUUGAUGUGGGUGGGGUCAAUGUAAUCAUUGUAAAUACACAUUUGGCAGCUCAUCUUGAAGAAAUGGCUGAGAGAAUAGAGGACUACAAUGUUGUAUUAAGUACGCAAAAGUUCAGGGAUCGGGAUGUUGAGAAUAUAUUAGAUCAUGACUAUGUGUUCUGGAUGGGAGAUUUAAACUGCCGUCUAGAGAAUAUAUCGAAGGAUGCUGCCAUAAAACUUAUAGAAAAAAAUGAACUCGACAAAUUGCUCAAAUUAGACCAGUUAAAACAAGCUCAACAGGAGGGCUUAAUGCUGGUUGAUUUUCAUGAGGGACCAAUCAACUUUAAACCUACAUACAAAUUUGAUAAAGAUACUGAUAUCUAUGAUACAAGUGAGAAGCAAAGAAUACCAGCAUGGUGUGAUCGGAUUUUAUACAAAACUCAUGAUGACAUUGAUGGGUUGAAGAUGUCUAAAAGAAAGUACUAUAGCCCCGCCUACAACAAGGGAGAUCAUAAACCGGUAGCUGCAAGUUUUGAAAUAAAUUUGAUACACUAUAAGAGUCGUCCGUCAUACAAAGACAGCGAUCAUAAACCCAUGACGGGACUGUAUGAAUUUAAAGUGUUUGAUAUGGAGCCGAACCCGUUUGUCAUUUUUGAUCCCAUCAACAAGUGGGGGUAUGGUAAAACACAAACGUUUCACUACACUAUUCGAUGUGGGAUUGAGCCAGAUUCUUCACCAUGGGAUUUCAUAGGACUUUAUAAGGCUGAUUUCAAAACAUUUGAUGACUACAAAACAUGGGUAUAUGGAAAGAACAAUGCUGAAGACCGGGGCGAUAAGGGCGUUACCUUGGAAAUUAAGGGGUCUUACCUGAAGGAACCCCCAGGGAAAUAUGUGCUAUGUUACAUCAGUAAAUACAAAGGAUGGUUGAGGGGAAUGAGUAACGUGUUUGAGAUUGUUGGCUGAAUCAGUGCUCAGAAUAGAAGACUUCAAAGGAAUUCCAGUUGAUCGAACAGUGCUAUUUUUAGAAGGACAAUAUAUUUUAUUCUUACUUAGUAGUUAGUAAAUCUGAAAAGUGUUAUGCACCUUCAAUAUAGAUUAUUUAUUCGAGAUUUAUAUUUUUGUAAGUGUUCAGAGUAAAAUUUGGACGUAGAAGCAAAUGCUUAGCCAGUUUGUCCAUCCAACAUUUCGUUUAUUCUUCCUAACUUUUUCUGAUUGUGCCAAAUUUUUGGUAAUUACCUUACAUGAAUGUUUACCUUUAGUUUGAAUUUGAGGUAUAUGGGUUCAAGGUGACGGUCAUUGAGGCUAAAAAUAGAUUUUUGUUCUCAUUUUGCCUUCUUUUAUUGUCUAAUUUUAUCUAUUUGGUAUGGACGUACCUUGUAUGAACAUUUUCCUUUGGUAUGAAAUGCCUGUGUCGAUUAUUGUGAACACUCGUAGUCUUGCCUCUGUGGUAUCAUCCUUCCAUUCAUAUUUUCAUUUAACCUUUAAUUUAGUCUGCUUGGUGGCAACAUAUCUUACCCAUGUUACUAGUGCAGACCAGUAUCAUCUUAAUAAUCUGUGCAAUCUAAUCAUGGUCUACACUUACACUACAUAUUUUUGAAAUAUUCCCUCAAAGUAAAUUGUUUUGUCUAAAUCAAAAAGAUGAACCAGUCCAUUUAUGAUAUUUAGCAUGGUAAGGGUUAAACAACCUCUUAACAAACCAUCUCGGCCAAUGUUGAUAAAACUAUGAACAGAUGUUUUUUGCAUAAAGAUACAAGAUGUAUGUCAUAAUAUUAUUGUUUGCUCAAAUUAUAUUAUCCUAGUAAAACUUAAGUUGCUAUGGCAACUGAAAAAAAAUUGUAAAAAAUACUCUCAAGGAGGGGAAGGCCUAGAAUGUUAAUGUUUCUACUAUAGUCUGUAAGACUUUGCAUGUUAUUUUAGUAGUCCUUUUUUGUCUUUUUCUUUAAUUUGAAUGUCUUGUAGCACAUGGUUUUGGUUAGGGUUGCAUAUUAUAUAGUUCUCAUCUGCUCUUUAAUGAGCAUUAUUUAUUGAUGAAUAUGAUUGUGACAUAUUUGGGAUUUAGAUACCUUGCAUAGGUGAGAUUUGACGUCAUAGAAGGACAAGGUUGUUAAGGUUAAGUACCGGUAUAGAUUUUUAUUCUUUUUUUUUAGCAUAAAACCUUUAUUUAUUUGUGAUAUCUGAGGGUCAAGGUCAUGUUUAGUGCCUUAUUUACUUUGAUGGUGCAGAAACUUUAAUGUUUUGUUAAUAUCUAAACUGUUAUUUAACUUUAAAACUAUGCUUACUUAGUAUGUUGUUGUACUUUAUUUCUUAGGUUAUGGAAUACAAUGUAGUUAUUGACACACUUUAGUUAUAUAUACUUAGUUACACUCUUAAAAGGACUCCACUGACGUUUUUUGACAUGACAGGACUGGAGAUAUUUUUCUGUGAUUUGUGUACUAUUUGAUGUUGGUUUGAACAAAAAGUUUUUGAGCAAAUUUUCAGAUUGUUGCCUAUUUCCAUUUUCCAGAAUAAUUUUAUUCUGCAAAAUGAACCAAAAAUGAAGUGUGGCAACACUUCACUCAAAUCGGACCAAGAAUUGCACUUACCGGUAUUAUCGAUUUUCAAUAUAAUUCUGAGUAUAUUUCUUUACUAUUCUUUGCAGAUUCUUUCAUUUUAAGUACUUCUCUUGGUCUACAAAAACAUUUGAAAACUUACAUUUGUAGGCUUUUUUUUGACCUCAGUGGAGCUCCUUUAAAGAAAUUGUACUUUAUAAGUAACUUAAGUUAUUUUGGUAAAUUUUCAAUGAUUUUUUUCAAUGAUAGUAAUAAUUAUCAUAAAAUUGUUAAUUUUGCUGUCAAAAAAGGGCUGGUGAGGUAUUUAUAUGUGAUGUAAAACAUUCAUGACAUGCUUAAUAUUUACUAAGUAAAUCGAUUUUUAACACUUCAUAUAUUUCAUCAAUAUUUUUUCCUCAGAAGAUUGAAAUCAAAUUGAAAUGUCCUACCUUCUUACUGCUGCUUUAUUCUAUUUAUCAUGCUAUAAGCUAGAGAUUUUUGUAAGCUAUAUAUGUUAUUUUAUUCAUUUUACUUUUGUCUGUUAAAUUUAUAAUAGCGUUAACUAUUUGUUUCUGUAUUUUUACGCAAGUGUAUGACACAACCUGAUGAUUGUCUCACAUGAUUUGAGAUUAUAUAUUCCUGUUACUUCCGAUAUCUUAAUUUUAUAAUCAAGUAAGACAUAUCUGAUAUAUUCAUGUAUAUAGAAAAGUCACAUGAAACAUGGGCAAGACUCGGGAGUUCUCACCUACGAAGGUGAUAAAAUGAGCAAAGAUUGCCCUCUUGUUAUAAAUAUAUAUUAUAUAUGUAUUUAUACAUUAGCAUCAUUUUCUGUACAUUUAAAUUUCUUAAAAAAUCAGCCUGCAUCUUUGAAUGUAUAUAAUUAUAUAAUAUGAAAUAUAGCCAUUAUUAUAGCAUUAAUUUUACCUAUGAUUAAGUUGUAUUUCCUAAGUCAUUAAGUACUUGUCAGAUCUCCCUUUUUCAUUUUACACAUUCCACCUUCAAUAUAAUUGAGCACUUUUAUGCGCCAGUCAUUUGUAAACCCUGGCCCCGCCUCCAGCCCUGGGAGUUGUGGGUGGCCUAAAUGAGACGAGAUUUUACCUUUCUAUCCAUCCCCUUACUGACUGGUCAAAUGGAUGUGCAGGGUUACAAUUUAAUGAUGCAUUAGUCAACUUAAGUGUUAUAUAUGCAGUUGGAAUAUUUUACUGUUGAUUAUCUACCAUAUAGUUUAUUUUACCUGAAAUUGUUGGUUGAAUUCUUAGCAGGACAUGUCCGUUUUGUAACAAGCAGGUCGGAUACACCAGUUCAUGUAGAAGCAGAUUUAAAAAAAAACAUUAUGUAAUAUAUGUUUGUAAACUUAUAAUUAUGAAAAUAAUUUGUGAUGAUGCAAUAGAUUUUAUCGAGAACUUGGCAAAUGUAGUUUUACCAAUUUAAUCCGGGGGGUUCAAACUAACUUCUACCUUUACAGCUUCUUGGUGCACUAUCAUUAUGAUUCACAAUAGAGUGAUCGACAUGUUGCAAAAUUUUAAAAAUCUAUAAAGAAAGUCAUGCUUUGGAAGCAUUAAUCACAACAAAAUAACCUGAAAAUUGUAGACUCAGUAUGAUUGAGUCUGUACAUGAGGGAUAAUGAAUAAGUGCAACAUCCCUUACGCCCCCUACACCCGCCUGAGUGACUCAAUUCUCAACACUUAAUAGUGCUGGUAUCAAUGAUUCCGAACGACCAGAAAGAUAUAACAACACUGAAGUGAACUACGGGACAACUUUUUACAGCUGCUACACGGGUUAACAUCUGCUGUUGUGAAGUUAAAAAAAUCUGGAAACAAAGUGAUCCUACAAACCUCCGGAUUAGAUGGGGAAAAACCCACAUUUGCCUAGUUCCGGUAUAUUAUUAUUGUAGAAGCGUUUUAAAAAAUUAUUUGUUUUACUGAUGAAAUAUGAAAAUUAAGAAUAUCAAACUGUAAAUAUUAUAUAAAUAUUAUUAUUGGGACUGUCCUUUAGAAUACUGUUAACUGUAUUGUUUUUGUGUGUUAUAUGGAUUCUCGAUAUUUUUGUACUUUACAUUAUUCUCUGUCUUUUUCGUUUCUGCAUCUCUCUUUAAGUAUUUAUAACCAAUUUAUUUUUACGAUGUUGUAUUCUUAUACCAAAGUUUAUAAAAUAAAAAAGGAGAAAGAAAUUUAAA